CCCGCCAAAUGUCUGUCCUGGGUGAUGGGGUCCGUCAUUUUAUUAUACUGAACCAGACGCUGAGCUAUACGUUACAUCUAAAUAUUAAUUCAGUUUGUUUGUUUGUAAUGUAAGGCGUCUUUUUCAGUCAACAAACCAUCAGAUGAUCUUAAUCAGCUCCGUGUGGCAAAGUAUGUAGAGUGACAUCCUGUCAUAUAUCUCUGCAUCUACAAGCAUUCAAUGUAUAAACUAGGCUAGUGCUUGAAUUGCAAGUGGCAGACUGCACGAUGUUGGUCUACCUUAGCCUCUGGCAAGCGGUGAUGUGAAGGAAAAGGACAAAAAAGAGAGAGAUUCUUCUUUGGAAUGAGUCAUGGAUGUGUGAUGUCAAAAGGGAACAGACGUGUGUCAUUCUGCCCUCUCCAUGUCCUCAGAUGACCCAGGCCUUUACAUGAGAACUCAUGGCAGAGGCUGACGUCAGCUCGUAGUUUAUGGCAGACAACAACUGGUGUGUGUGCCUGCCUGCGUGCAUGCGUGCGUGUGUUUGCCAGCUGUGUGUGUACAUUUCUUUUUCAGUGGAAGUAUAUAAUGGCUCCACAGUAUGUUGGGUGUGGAUGUGUGUUUAUGUGUGUGUGUGUAUAUAUAUAGAUCAGACCGGUAGAGAACUUGUUUGUGUCUGUGAAUCUGGCAAAUGGCGUAUGUGAGAACUUGUCUAGGCAGUUCAGCUUUGGCAGCAUCCUACCAAGCAGGAAGUCUUUGGUGUUUCAAAGAAAUGUUUCGGCUUGAAAGUAUGGUAUUUGGUAAAGGGGAAAAACUCCUUAAUGCAAGUAAAUGAACCACCAUUGACUUUGUUGUGAAAAGGAGGAGAGGGUUUGAAAUCUUUGGUCCAAACUCAAGGAAUUCAUUCAUCUGCAUCUCAUUUGAAUUUCCUGCUUGCAUAAUUCACCGUUUACAUGUGUUCUGGAGGACUGUUGUGCAAUGGUGCCAUUUUUUUGCCAAAAUGUGCAAGUCAUGUGGCGCAAAUACAAACAAUGUGCUCCCCAAAGCCACAGAAUGAGAAUGCGCACACAAUAAGACCGCUCACCAGCCGCAGCUCAGGGAAAGCAGUUUGGUUCACAGCCACCUGCCUAUAAUGCUGCGUCACAGUCCUCCUAAUUAGAAGCUAACAUGCAUGGGAUUUUGGUGUUUGAAAGAAAACACAAAGGACACAUUCCAGUGCGAGAAUGCAGGAAAGGAACUAGUGCUGUCUGUUCUGUACAUUGGCCGAACAGAAAUCCUGAUGUGAGAAGUGUUAGAUGCACCUGAAGUGAAGUGCUGUUGCUUUCUCAUACUAAUUUAAGAUAAGCUCUGGCCAGGUUAUUGUUGGUUGGCUGGUCAAGGACAUAACUUUUGCCUCUUUUUCCAUAUGUCCGUUGCCUGUUUUUUUUUUUCUCUCUCUCUCUCUCUGUCAAAGUAUUGAUUACAAUCAAAUGGCAUGCAAAUGCAGGCUCUUUUAAUGUGGAGCCAAAAUCAUAUGAUGCCACCAAAUCAUACCAUAGAUCUUCACACCACAUGGCUGUUCCUACAGUAUAUGCAAAUAUUUUACCAGAAGUAGAUUUUGCAGUGUGGCUGAAAAUGAGAAAAGACGAGGUAAAACCUGUUGCUCUGGCAGACAAACUCCUCUGCAGCCUGGAGCUUGUUUGCUCCUGACCAGCUGCCUCUAUGCCAUGGUACACUCUUUUGAGUUCUGAGGAUCUAACUUGGCUAAUCGCCGGCACUGCUUCUUCUCACCGUAGCUUUUUGAGUUGUUUGUUAUCAGCUGAUAGUGUGUGGCUCUGUGUAGCCUAUGGCCCUGGCCCUUGCUGUGAAAGGCCUGGUUCUGUUCAGGCAGACAUUUUAGGGUCCUCCUCUCAGAGGAGAGGUGUUAGCUGUGUGCAGUCAGUGCUGGUUGGCAGAUAGUCAUAUGACAUAAAUUAGGGUACUGCAGUCAUGAGAGAGGGAGAGAGAGAGAGUACGUCGGCCAUUUUGGAGUACUGUAUGCCUAUGCACCUAGCUACCACCUCCAUGCCCUCCAUACUUGUGCGAUAACAUUCCUGUCAGACAUGUCAGGCCCAUAUUUCAGCUGGAAACACUGACGCACUUUUAACCGAGCUAAUGAGGUGUGACAGCCAUGUUUUAGCCGGGCGGCGGAUUGGCAAGAGCCUGGUGCACGGCUCGUCUCCGCACCGUUCUGCGGGGCGAGUAAACCAGCUGCUCCAGGUGGUCGCGUGUGAGGUCACUGGCGAGGGAUGAGGCACUUUUGAAAUCCUCCGCCAUGGCCCUAAGCGGUGAUGUCAUCUGCAGGAGAUUCUCCCUCAUGUGUCCCGCUGCCAGGGAAUUCACAGCCCUGUAGCUCCCAACUAAAAGCAUUAUGUAUUGUUGUGCUGUAUUAUAUAAUAUUAUGUAAUUGAAUCGUAAUACCCUCCAUCAGUCAGGGGGCCUUUUUGAAACUCCUCUGCCAUUUUAAGAGCUGGAUAUUAUUCACAUAGCUCAGCAAGCCUCUUAAAAUUAGGCUAUCCUAAGCAAAUCCUUUGUCGGAAUGCAUGUCCUGUUGUAAAUUUUCAAUGGACAGAGAUUUGCAGAGUAUCAUUACUGGAAGAGAUUUUAUUGACCUAUCAUCAUGGAAAUGGUACCCAAACUAAAGUGGGUUAAAUCUAGAAUGGCCCAAAUUGUUACCCCAUAUAGUAGUUUAAUGAGCUGAUGUCCGACUCGGGGACCAGUGAGACAUUUCAUGUAAAAGUUUCUUGCAUGGCAGUAGUUCAUGUAUGUGCCUAUAGAAAAAAAAAGUGCUGUGCAAAAGAAGUGUUGGCACAGGGAACAGCUAUGAUGGUGCAUUCAGAGAAAUAAGACACAACCAAACACUGGCCUCCAUCACAGGUGGUGGUUGUCAUUCAAGUAACCUUCCCAAUUUGUACAGCCCCUUUCUCUUCCACCACAGGUUUCCAAGAUUCCAGAGGAGGCUACCCAGAGUGCUGCUGGAGCAGACAGUUGAGGGAGGGCGCGGGCCGAGCGGGAGAGUGGAGCCGGAACCGCAGCGAGACAGGAGGCCUUCCCCCAGGGAAGCCCCUCCCCUCCGCGGAAGUGCAGUCAUCGCUGUCUGUAAUGAAGUCUCAUGAAGUCCCCUGUUGCAGCUGACGUUCCCUGUCAGCAGGAGAUUCCAGUGCCGACUGAGGACAACAGAGGAGUGCGAGUCCUGCUCACAAACAGGACUUCACUUCCAAGAUCCCACCUGGAUACACUCCACGCCCCUCCCUCCUGUCAGGCUGUGUCCUGAUCAGCCCCAGCCAAACUCCAGCAGCGAUGUCCAGCCGAAGGAAGUCUUCCACACCCUGCAUGAUCCGUGUGAGCGACACCAUCGAAGAGGCCGGUGCGACGGAAAUCGAGGAGGCCCCAACGGAUGACUUGGUGGAGUGCACGUCUUCCCAACGGGAGGACUGGAGGCGGCCACCAAGCACCCCUUUGGAGGAACAGAGCAUCCAGCCCCAGGAGAAGGAGACCGUGGAGGAGGAGGAGGAGGUGGAGGAGGAAGAAGAGCUGCUGAGGGAACCAGCACAGAAGCCCCAGCAGAAGCAGCACGGAGGCUACGAGUGCAAGUAUUGUCCUUUCUCGACCCAGAACCUGAGUGACUUCAAAGAGCAUGUGGACACGACCCACCCCAAUGUGAUUCUCAACCCACUGUACUUAUGCGCUGUAUGCAACUUCAGCACGAAGAAAUUCGACUCCCUCACGGAGCACAACGAGACGUACCACCCUGGCCAGAGCAACUUUAAGUUUAAGAGAAUCAAACUCAACAACCAGACUGUUCUUGAACAGACAAUCGAAGGUGUACACAAUUCAGUUGACCUUGACAAUGAGGACACAGAAACUGCGAGUGGUGUUCCAGAUUUCACUCUAAGCAAAUCAACCACAGUGAAAGCUGCUAAGCCAAAAGCAGAGGAGAAGCACAUUUUUGGCCAAGGCAACGAAUUGCAGAAGCAUUUAGAAAACCUAAUGUCAAAGGAUCAGAUCACUGCUGUAAACGUGAACGGCACUGUAUUAAUUCCUGACCCGACAAUACUGCAAGGACUCUCACAUGUUAUGCCUUUACUUCAGAGGCCCCCCAACUUAAACUCUGUACCAAAAAUCGCUGUUCCGCUGAACACCACCAAAUACAAUCCCUUGCUGGACAAUAAUGCCAUCCUAAUCACAUCCUUCAACAAGUUUCCCUAUCCUACUCAUGCUGAGCUCUCCUGGUUAACUGCUGCCUCCAAGCACCCAGAGGAGCAAAUCAAAGUGUGGUUCACCACCCAGAGAUUAAAACAAGGAAUCACCUGGUCACCAGAAGAAGUGGAGGAGGCCCGUAAGAAGAUGUUCAACGGCUCCAUGCCACCUGUUCACCACACCUUCACAGUUUUACCUGACUCUUUCAGAGAGCAGGCGAGAAGCAUCCAGUCCCUUGCACAGACGGCCUCUGGCAGUGCCCUCAGACAUUCAGGCCAGAUGCUGACUACCACUGCAAAUCGAACGUCCCUCACAUCAGCUUCUGUUACUGUGACAACGGUGAGUCAUGUGCAGUCUCUCAAAAGGCCUUUGGCUGCUCCUUCCUUGCCCGCAGAAGUAAAGCGGGCUAUGUUGCCCCCUGCGGAUGACCCCAAAGAGAAAUUACCCAUGGCACCCCCACCCCCUCCCCCGAAAGAAAGGCUGCCUAUGGCACCACCCCCAGUGCCUCCAGAGAUCAAGAGACCUCUGUCUUCUCUGUUUUUUGUUCCUGAAAUUAAGAGGUCCAUGGUUGCCCCCAUCGUGUCCCUGAAAGGAAAACCACCCGUGGCUCUUCCUCUUGUGGCUUCUAAAGAGAGGCUGCCCAUGCCCCCUCCUCUAAUGCUGCCCAAAGAAAGACUCACCAUGUCACCUGCAUUCUCCAUGGAAAUAAAACGAUCUGUAGUCGCACCCCAGAUUAAAAAUCACACACCUUCCCUUCCAGUCAUCCCCAAAGAUAAAUUCUUACCUUCUACUUUUUUGCCUUCUGAUGUGAAGUUACCUAUGGCACCUCCGCUGGCAGUGCCUCAAAUGAAAAGACCAACAAUCAUUCAGACUGCACGAGGUCCUAGUAAGACACUACCACUGGCCCCUACAUUUUCACUGGAGAGCAGGCUGCCAAAAGAACAGCCUGCAGAGCCGAAAGGGGAAAGCAGACAUUCAGACGUUAAGGAAGCUAACGGCGUCUCUCGGGGUGAGGUGAAGAGUUGGCUCCGUGACCAGGGCUGUCUCAAUGGCUCUCUGCACAUGAAGAACGACUUGGUGCCGAAGGAGAGGCCAAAGCCCGUCCCUACUCAGUUUCCACUUCUGGAGAGGGUGAAGGGGAAGACCACUGAGCAGCUGAAGAUCAUGGAGGAGAGCUUUCAAAGAAACAGCUUCCCCUCUCAUGGUGAAGUGGAAAGCCUGGCCACUGUCACCAGGCUCUCCAGGGAGGAGAUUGACAGCUGGUUUCUUGAACGCAGAGCCUUGCGAGACAACCUUGAACAGGCCCUGCUCAACUCCAUGGGAGCAAAGAGGCUGGAUGCUUUGGAGAAGAGGCAGCAGCAGCAACAGCAACAACAACAACAGAAUGCGGCCCUUAAUGGAGCACACAAGCCAGGAGGGCCACCCAUGAGCCCACUCCGUCCAAUCAUUGCGCCCCUCAGCUCCCCCCUGCACCUGGAUGGCAAAUCUCUUGGACUUCUAAAAGAUGUGUUUGUCCAAACCCAGUGGCCAUCACCUGAGGAGUACAACAUGCUGGAAAGCCAGAUUGGCUUGGCUCGUACAGAUAUCGUCCGCUGGUUCAAAGACAGUCGGUCUGAGCUCCGCAACGGAACUCUGGACUGGCCGGAGUUGAGCCAUAAGUCGCACAGCAGCGGACCGAAUGGCCAGGGGUUGCCUUUGACUGCAGAUCGCAGUGGGAACAAGGUCAUUCAGCGUUGUCAAGAAGCAAAGAUAACUGUGCUGGAUGACACUCCAGGGCUGAGGGAUUGUGCCAAAUUCAACAGCCAAGAGAUCAAGGAAUGGUUUGCCAACACACUGGGCCACAGCAUGCCAGACCUAGGUAGAAACGGCGGUCAAAAUGGCGGUGGGAGAGGGGAUUGUGGAAGCUGGGUGCAGGAUCCCAUGAGAAGAAAUGCUGGAGGAGUGACUCAAGAGCUGGUCUCAGACACUGAUUAGGUGGCGAAGGAAUCCCCAGAAGAGAAGAGACUUUAAAGAGGUGACGAUUGUUGCCGCUGUCAUUUGCACAGAAGAGGGAGAAAGGAGAAAGGAAGGAGAGAGAAAGAGGUUGAAUAUUAAAUAUUGUAUUUUUGGAACCAAUGAUUUCACUCUUGCACUCUCACCAUCUUAGCCUGCGCGUAAUGUUUCCAGGAUGCUGUAGGAACGUUGCAAGUAUUGUUGGGCGUUGUUUUUUUUUUUUUUUUUUUU